GCCCUCUGCAUCUUUAUUAGUAAACCUUCUUUCAACUUUACUCAUCACGUUUGUGUUUGGAGAAACGGAAAUAAGAUUCGGUGGACAAACAGAAUUUGUCGUUAAUGAAACAAGUACAACAGUCAUUCGUCUCAUAAUCGAAAGGAUAGGAGAGCCAGCAAAUGUUACUGCGAUUGUAUCGCUGUAUGGAGAAGACACUGGUGACUUUUUUGACACAUAUGCUGCAACUUUUAUACCUGCUGGAGAAACAAAUAGAACAGUGUACAUAGCAGUAUGUGAUGAUGACUUGCCAGAACCUGAUGAAACUUUUAUUUUUCACUUAACAUUGCAGAAACCUUCUGCAAAUGUGAAGCUUGGAUGGCCAAGGACUGUUACUGUGACAAUAUUAUCAAAUGACAAUGCAUUUGGAAUUAUUUCAUUUAACAUGCCUUCCUCAGUCACAGUGAGCGAGCCCAGGGGCAGGAAUGAAUCUGUGCCUCUCACUCUCAUCAGGGAAAAGGGGACCUAUGGGAUGGUCACUGUGACUUUUGAGGUAGAGGGAGGCCCAAAUCCCCCUGAAGAAGAUUUAAGUCCAGUCAAAGGAAACAUCACCUUUCCCCCUGGCAGAGCCACAGUAAUUUAUAACUUGACCGUACUCGAUGAUGAGGUUCCAGAAAAUGAUGAAAUAUUUUUGAUUCAACUGAAAAGUGUGGAAGGAGGAGCUGAAAUCAACACCUCUAGGAAUUCUGUGGAAAUCAUCAUUAAGAAAAAUGACAGUCCCGUGAGAUUCAUUCAGAGUGUUUACUUGGUUCCUGAGGAAGACCACAUACUCAUUGUCCCAGUGGUUCGUGGGAAGAACAUCAGUGGACAUCUGAUUGGAUCUGAUGAAUAUGAAGUUUCCAUCAGUUACGCUGUUGUAACUGGGAAUUCCACAGCACAUGCCCAGCAAAACCUGGACUUCAUCGAUCUUCAGCCAAACACAACUAUUGUUUUCCCACCUUUUAUUCAUGAAGCUCACCUGAAAUUUCAAAUAGUUGAUGACACCAUACCAGAGAUUGCUGAAUCCUUUCACAUUAUGUUGCUAAAAGAUACCUUACAGGGUGAUGCUGUGCUAGUAAGCCCUUCAGUCGUACAAGUCACCAUUAAGCCAAAUGACAAACCUUAUGGAGUCCUUUCUUUCAACAGCAACUUGUUUGAAAGGACAGUUGUAAUUGAUGAGGAUACAACAUCAAGCUUUGAGGAAAUUACAGUGGUUAGAAACGGUGGCACCCACGGGAAUGUCUCUGUGAACUGGGUGCUGACACGGAACAGCAGUGACCUCUCACCGGUAACAGCAGAUAUCAGACCAAGUUCCGGAGUUCUCCAUUUUGCACAAGGGCAGAUGUUGGCCCUGAUUCCUCUUAUCGUCGUUGAUGAUGAUCUUCCAGAAGAGGCGGAAGCUUUUCUCCUUCAGAUUCUGCCUCACACGAUACGAGGGGGCGCAGAAGUGAGCGAACCCGCAGAGCUUUUGUUCUACAUUCAGGAUAGUGAUGAUGUUUAUGGCCUAGUAACAUUUUUUCCUAUGGAAAACCAGAAGAUUGAAAGCAGUCCAGGUGAACGAUAUUUAUCCUUGAGUUUUACAAGACGGGGAGGAACUAAAGGAGAUGUGAGAAUGCUUUAUUCUGCACUCUACAUCCCCGCUGGAGCCGUGGACCCCUUGCGAGCAAGAGAUGGCAUCUUAAAUGUAUCCAGGAGAAAUGGCCUCAUUUUUCCUGAGCAAAAAACUCAAGUCACUACAAAAUUACCAAUAAGAAACGAUGCAUUUCUUCAAAAUGGAGCCCACUUUCUAGUACAGUUGGAAACUGUGGAGUUGGUGAGCAUAAUUCCUCCAAUCCCACCCAUAAGUCCCAGAUUUGGGGAAAUCCGAAAUAUUUCUUUACUGGUUACUCCAGCCAUUGCAAAUGGAGAAAUUGGCUUUCUUAGCAAUCUUCCAAUCAUUUUGCAUGAACCAGAAGAUUCUGCUGCUGAAGUGGUUUAUAUUCCCUUGCAUCGGGAUGGAACUGAUGGUCAGGCUACUGUCUAUUGGAGUUUAAAGCCCUCUGGCUUGAAUUCAAAAGCAGUGACCCUGGAUGAUAUAGGUCCCUUUAAUGGCUCUGUUUUGUUUCUAUCUGGGCAAAGUGACACAACAAUCAACAUUACCGUCAAAGGUGAUGAUGUACCAGAAAUGAAUGAAACUGUAACACUUUCUCUAGACAGGGUAAAUGUGGAAAAUCAAGUGUUGAAAUCUGGAUAUACUAGCCGGGACCUAAUUAUAUUGGAAAAUGAUGAUCCUGGAGGGAUUUUUGAAUUUUCUCCUGCUUCCAGAGGACCCUAUGUUAUAAAAGAAGGAGAAUCUGUAGAGCUCCACAUCACCAGAUCGAGGGGGGCACUUGUUAAGCAGUUUCUACACUACCUAAUCGAGCCAAAAGAUAGCAAUGAAUUCUAUGGAAACAUGGGGGUGCUAGAAUUCAAACCUGGAGAGAGAGAGAUAGUGAUCACCUUGCUAGCAAGAUUGGAUGGGAUACCAGAGUUGGAUGAACACUACUGGGUGGUCCUCAGUAGCCAUGGGGAACGGGAGAGCAAGCUGGGAAGUGCCACCGUGGUCAACAUCACGAUUCUGAAAAACGAUGACCCUCAUGGGAUCCUUGAAUUUGUUUCUGAUGAUCUAAUUGUGACAAUAGAUGAAAGCAAAGGAGAUGAUAUCUGCAGUGCUAUUUAUGGUGUAAUAAGAAAUCGAGGCAACUUUGGUGAUGUUAGUGUAUCGUGGGUGGUUAGUCCGGACUUUACAGAAGAUGUAUUUCCGGUGCAAGGGACUCUUUUCUUUGGAGAUCAGGAGUUUUCAAAAAAUAUCACCAUUUACUCCCUUCCAGACGAGAUUCCAGAGGAAAUGGAAGAAUUCACCAUUAUCCUGCUUAAUGCCACUGGAGGAGCCAGUGUGGGAAACAGGACCACAGCAGUUCUGAGGAUUAGAAGAAAUGACGACCCUAUUUAUUUUGCAGAACCUCGUGUUGUGAGAGUUCAGGAAGGGGAGACUGUCAACUUCACCGUUCUCAGAAAUGGGUCUGUCGAUGUUACCUGCACUGUCCACUACGCAACCAUGGAUGGGAAGGCUACUGCAAGAGAGGGAGACUUCGUUCUCCUUGACAAAGGAGGAACACUUGUUUUUGAGGCUGGGAGUCGAGAGCAGCUCAUAUCUGUGUUUGUGAAUGAAGACGGUAUUCCAGAAACCGAUGAGCCCUUUUAUAUAGUCCUCUUUAAUUCAACAGGGGAUACAGUAGUAUAUCAAUAUGGAGUAGCUACCGUGAUCAUCGAAGCUAAUGAUGACCCAAAUGGUAUUUUUUCUCUGGAGCCCAUAGACAAGACAGUGGAAGAAGGAAAGACGAAUGCAUUUUGGAUUUUGAGGCACCGAGGAUACUUUGGCAAUGUUUCCGUGGCUUGGCAGCUGUUUCAGAAUGACUCUGCUUUGCAACCUGGACAAGAGUUCUAUGAAACUUCAGGGACUGUUGCCUUUCUGGAUGGAGAAGGAACAAAGUCAAUAAUCCUCCAUGCUUUUCCAGAUAAAAUUCCUGAAUUCAACGAAUUUUAUAACCUCAAGCUUGUAAACGUUUCAGGUGGAUCCCCAGGUCCUGGAGGCCAACUUGCAGAAAGCAACCUCCAGGUGACAGUGAUGAUUCCACUCAAUGAUGAUCCCUUUGGAGUUUUCAUCUUGGAUCCAGAGUGUUUAGAGAGAGAAGUAGCGGAAGAUGUCCUCUCGGAAGAUGACAUGUCUUAUAUGACCAAUUUCACCAUUCUGAGGCAACAGGGUGUCUUUGGUGAUGUACGAGUGGGCUGGGAAAUACUGUCCAGUGAGUUCACUGCUGGCUUGCCACCAAUGGUAGACUUUUUACUGGUUGGAAUUUUCCCCAGCACUGUGCACUUACAACCACACAUGCGACAUCAUCAUAGUGGAACAGAUGCUUUGUACUUCACCGGACUAGAGGGUGCAUUUGGCACUGUUGAUCAAAAAUACCAUCCCUCCAAAAAUAACACAAUUGCCAAUUUCACAUUCUCAGCUUGGGUAAUGCCUAAUGCCAACACAAAUGGAUUUGUUAUAGCGAAGGAUGAUGGUAAUGGAGGCCUCUACUAUGGGGUAAAAGUUCACACAAAUGAAUCCCAUGUGACACUUUCCCUUCAUUACAAAACCUUGGGUUCCAAUGCUACGUACAUUGCCAAGACAACAGUCAUGAAAUAUUUAGAAGAAAGUGUUUGGCUUCAUCUACUGAUUAUCCUGGAUGAUGGUAUAAUUGAAUUCUACUUGGAUGGAAAUGCAAUGCCCAGAGGGAUCAAGAGUCUGAAAGGAGAAGCCAUUACUGAUGGUCCUGGAAUACUGCGAAUUGGGGCCGGGCUCAAUGGCAAGAACCGAUUCAUGGGGCUGAUGCAGGAUGUGCGAGCCUAUGAGCGGAAACUGACCCUGGAAGAAAUUUAUGAGCUUCAUGCCCUGCCUGCGAGAAGUGACUUACACCCCAUCUCCGGGUACCUGGAGUUCAGGCAAGGAGAAACGAACAAAUCGUUCAUUGUUUCUGCGAGGGAUGACAAUGAGGAGGAGGGAGAAGAGUUCUUCAUUCUUAAACUCGUCUCUGUGUUUGGAGGAGCUCGUAUUUCUGAAGAAAACACGACAGCAAGAUUAAUAAUACAGAAAAGUGACAAUGCCAAUGGCUUGUUUGGUUUCACAGGAGCUUGUAUACCAGAGAUGGCUGAGGAGGGAUCCACCAUCUCCUGUGUGGUGGAGCGCACCAGAGGAGCGCUGGAUUAUGUGCACGUUUUUUACACCAUCUCACAGAUCGAAUCUGACGGCGUUAAUUACCUUGUUGAUGAUUUCGCCAAUGCCAGUGGAACUAUCACGUUCCUUCCUUGGCAGAGAUCAGAGGUCCUGAAUAUAUAUGUUCUUGAUGAUGAUAUUCCUGAACUGAACGAGUAUUUCCGUGUGACAUUGGUGUCUGCCAUUCCUGGAGAUGGGAAGCUAGGCUCAACCCCCACCAGUGGUGCAAGCAUAGAUCCCGAGAAGGAAACAACAGAUAUCACCAUUAAAGCUAGUGACCAUCCCUACGGCUUGCUGCAGUUCUCCACGGGGCUGCCCCCUCAGCCUGGGGACCCAAUGAACCUGCCUGCAAGCAUUGUCCCAAAUAUCACUGUGCAGGAGGAGGACGGAGAAGUCGGGCUUUUGGUCGUCCGAGCACAAGGACUUCUGGGCAGGGUGACUGCGGAAUUUAGAACCGUGUCCCUGACAGCAUUCAGUCCCGAGGACUACCAGAGUGCUGCUGGCACAUUAGAAUUUCAAACAGGAGAAAGAUAUAAGUAUAUUUCUGUCAAUAUCACUGAUAAUUCUGUCCCUGAGCUGGAAAAAUCUUUUAAAGUUGAGCUGUUAAACUUGGAGGGAGGAGUGGCUGAACUCCUUAGGGUUGAUGGCAGUGGUAGUGGUGAUGGGGACAUGGAAUUCUUCCUUCCAGCUAUUCACAAACGUGCCAGUCUAGGGGUGGCUUCCCAGAUUCUAGUGAUAAUCGGAGCCUCGGACCAUGCUCAUGGCGUAUUUGAAUUUAGCCCUGAGUCACUCUUUGUCAGUGGAACUGAACCCGAAGAUGGGCACAGCACAGUUGUAUUAAAGGUUGUGAGACAUUAUGGAGCUCUGUCUCAGGUGACUUUGCAUUGGAACAUAGACUCUGAUCCUGAUGGUGAUCUAGCCUUCACCUCUGGCAACCUCACGUUUGAGAUUGGGCAGACGACAGCCAACAUCACCGUGGAAAUAUUGCCAGAUGAAGAGCCAGAACUGGAUAAGGCAUUCUCUGUGUCAAUCCUCAGCAUCUCUAGGGGUUCUUUGGGAGUUCAUACUAAUGCCACAUUAACAGUUUUGGCUAGUGAUGAUCCUCAUGGGGUAUUCAUCUUUUCGGAGAAAAACAGACCUAUUAACGUGGAAGAAGCAACCCAGAACAUCUCGCUGUCGAUUAUAAGGUUGAAAGGCCUCAUGGGAAAAGUCAUGGUUUCAUAUGCAACACUAGAUGACAUGGAAAAACCACCUUAUUUUCCACCUAAUUUAGCCAGAGCAACUCAAGGGAGAGACUAUAUACCAACUUCUGGAUUUGCCUUUUUUGGAGCUAAUCAGAGUGAGGCAACGAUAGCUAUAUCAAUUUUAGAUGAUGAUGAACCAGAAAGAUCGGAGUCUGUGUUUAUUGAAUUACUCAACUCUACUUUAAUAGAGAAAGUACAGAACCGUCCAAUUCCAAAUUCUCCACGCCUUGGACCGAAGGUAGAGACGAUUGCCCAUCUGAUUAUUAUUGCCAAUGAUGAUGCCUUUGGGACGCUUCAGCUCUCAGCGCCAAUUGUUCGAGUGGCAGAAAACCAUGUGGGACCCAUUAUCAAUGUGACUAGAACAGGAGGAGCAUUUGCAGAUGUUUCUGUGAAGUUUAAAGCUGUGCCAAUCACUGCAGUAGCUGGUGAAGAUUAUAGUAUAGCUUCAUCCGAUGUGGUCUUGCUGGAAGGGGAAACCAGUAAAGCCGUGCCAAUAUAUAUCAUUAAUGACAUCUACCCUGAGCUGGAAGAAUCUUUUCUUGUGCAGUUGCUGAAUGAAACUACAGGUGGAGCCAAACUAGGGGCUUUAACAGAGGCAGUCAUUAUUAUCGAGGCCUCUGAUGACCCCUAUGGAUUAUUUGGUUUUCAGAUUACUAAACUUAUUGUAGAGGAACCUGAGUUUAACUCAGUGAAGGUAAACCUGCCAAUAAUUCGAAAUUCUGGGACACUCGGCAAUGUUACUGUCCAGUGGGUUGCCACCAUUAAUGGACAGCUUGCUACUGGCGACCUGCGAGUUGUCUCAGGUAAUGUGACCUUUGCCCCUGGGGAAACCAUUCAAACCUUGUUGUUAGAGGUCCUGGCUGACGACGUUCCGGAGAUUGAAGAGGUUAUCCAAGUGCAACUAACUGAUGCCUCAGGUGGAGGUACUAUUGGGUUAGAUCGAGUGGCAAGUAUUAUUAUUCCUGCCAAUGAUAAUCCGUAUGGUACAGUAGCCUUUGUUCAGAUGGUUUAUCGUGUUCAAGAGCCUCUGGAAAGAAGUUCCUGUGCUAACAUAACUGUCAGGCGAAGCGGAGGGCACUUUGGUGGCCUGCUGUUGUUCUACAGUACUUCCGAUAUUGAUGUAGUGACUCUUGCAGUUGAGGAAGGCCAAGAGUUAUUGUCCUACUACGAAUCGCCAAUUCAAGGGAUGCCUGACCCACUUUGGAGAACUUGGGUGAAUGUCUCCGCAGUGGGGGAGCCCCAGCAUGCCUGUGCCACUCUGUGCCUCCGAGAACAUGCCUGCUCAGCAUUUUCAUUUUCUGACACUUCUGAGGGUCCCUGGUGUUUUUGGAUGACAUCAUGGAUCGACCCAACUGUCAACAAUUCAGACUUCUGGACCUACAGGAAAAACACGACCAGGGUAGCAUCUCUUUUUAGUGGUCAGGCUGUGGCUGGCAUUGACUAUGAGCCUGUGACAAGGGAGUGGGCCAUCAUGCUCGAAGGUGAAGAGUUUGCAAAUCUCACAGUUUCUAUUCUUCCUGAUGAUGUCCCGGAGAUGGAUGAGAGUUUCCUCAUUUCUCUCCUGGAAGUUCACCUCAUGAACAUCACAGCCAGUGUGAAGAAUCGGCCAACCAUAGGACAGCCAAAUACUUCUAUGGUUGUCAUAGCGCUCAAUGGCGAUGCCUUUGGAGUGUUUGUGAUCUAUAGUAUCAGUCCCAAUACCUCAGAAGAUGGCUUGCUUGUCGAAGUUCAAGAGCAGUCCCAAACCUCGGUGGAGCUAGUGAUCCACAGGACAGGGGGCAGCGCAGGUCAGGUGACCGUUGAGUGGCGUGUCGUUGGCGGAACGGCUACUGAAGGUAUAGAUUUUAUAGGUGCUGGCGACAUUCUGACUUUUGCUGAAGGUGAAACCAAAAAGCUAGCCAUUUUAACCAUCUUGGAUGAUUCCGAACCAGAGGAUGAUGAAAGCAUCAUAAUUAGUCUGGUGUACACCGAAGGUGGAAGUAGAAUUUUGCCCAGCUCCGACACCGUUAGAGUGAACAUUCUGGCCAAUGACAAUGUGGCGGGCAUUGUUAGCUUUCAAACAGCUUCCAGAUCUGUCAUAGGUCAUGAAGGAGAAAUUUUGCAAUUUCAUGUGAUAAGAACCCUCCCUGGUCGAGGAAAUGUUACUGUUAACUGGAAAAUUAUUGGGCAAAAUCUAGAACUCAAUUUUGCUAACUUUAGUGGACAACUCUUCUUUCCUGAGGGGUUAUUGAAUAAAACAAUAUUUGUGCCUUUGUUGGAUGACAACAUUCCCGAAGAGAAAGAAGUAUACCAAGUCAUUCUGUUUGAUAUCAGAACGCAAGGAGUCCCACCAGCAGGAAUCGCUCUGCUUGAUGUUCAAGGAUACGCAGCUGUCUUGACAGUGGAAGCCAGUGAUGAGCCACAUGGAGUCUUAAAUUUUGCUCUUUCCUCAAGAUUUGUGCUGCUACAAGAGGCUAACAUAACAAUUCAGCUUUUCGUUAACAGAGAGUUUGGAUCACUAGGAGCUAUCAAUGUCACGUAUACCACGGUUCCUGGGAUGGUGAGUCUGAAGAACCAAACAGAAGGAAACCUAGCAGAGCCGGAAGUUGAUUUUGUCCCGGUAAUUGGCUUUCUGAUUCUAGAAGAAGGAGAAACAGCAGCAGCCAUCAACAUUACUAUACUCGAGGAUGAUAUACCAGAGCUAGAAGAAUAUUUCCUGGUGAAUUUGACAUCUGUUGAACUUAUCAUGGCUCCUUUUACUUCAUUUCCUCCCAGACUUGAUUCAGAAGGCUUGACUGCACAAAUCAUCAUUGAUGCCAACGAUGGUGCCCGAGGUGUGAUCGAAUGGCAACGUAGCAGGUUUGAAGUAAAUGAAACCCAUGGAAGUUUAAUACUGGUAGCCCAGAGGAGCAGAGCAGCUCUUGGCCAUGUUUCCUUGUUCGUGUAUGCUCAAAAUUUGGAAGCACAACUGGGGCUGGAUUACGUUUUCACCCCAAUGAUUCUUCAUUUUGCUGAUGGAGAAAGGCAUGCAAAUGUUGAAAUCAUGAUUCUUGAUGAUGACAUUCCAGAAGGAGAUGAAAAAUUUCAGUUAAUUUUAACAAAUCCUUCUCCUGGACUAGAGCUGGGGGAAAAAACAAUAGCUUUAGUUACUGUCCUUGCUAAUGACGAUGGCCCCGGAGUUCUGUCAUUCAACAACAGUGAGCACUUUUUUCUGAGAGAACCAACCGCUCUCUAUGUCCAGGAGAGUGUGGCAAUGUUGUACAUCGUUCGGGAACCCACCCAAGGACUGUUUGGAACAGUGACUGUUCAAUUCAUUGUGACGGAAGUGAAUUCUUCAACAGAGUCUAAAGAUCUGACUCCUUCCAAAGGCUAUAUUGUUUUUGAAGAAGGUGUUCGAUUCAAGGCCCUACACAUAUCUGCCAUAUUAGACACGGAACCAGAAAUGGAUGAGCAUUUUGUAUGCACCUUGUUUAAUCCAACUGGAGGUGCUAGACUAGGGGCACAUGUGCAAACCCUGAUAACAGUUUUGCAAAACCAGGCCCCUUUGGGACUGUUCAGUAUCUCUGCAGUUGAAAAUAGAGCCACCUCCAUAGACCUUGAAGAAGCCAACAGGACUGUAUAUUUAAAUGUAUCACGUACGAAUGGCAUGGAUUUGACUGUGAGUGUGCAGUGGGACACAGUCUCUGAAACAGCCUUUGGCAUGAGGGGAAUGGAUGUUGUGUUUUCCAUAUUUCAAAGUUUUUUGGAUGAAUCAGCUUCUGGAUGGUGUUUCUUUGCUUUGGAAAAUUCAAUAUAUGGUAUAAUGUUAAGAAAAUCAUCUUUUACUAUUUACCGAUGGCAAGGGAUUUUUAUUCCAGUUAAGGAUUUAAAUAUAGAAAAUCCUAAAACUUGUGAGGCCUUUAAUAUUGGUUUUUCCCCCUACUUUGUGAUUACUCAUGAAGAAAGACAUGAAGAAAAGCCUUCUGUUAACAGGGUGUAUACAUUCACAUCUGGAUUUAAAUUACUCCUGGUGCAAACAAUCAUUAUUUCGGAAAGUUCCCAAGUAAAAUAUUUUACUUCAGAUAGUCAAGAUUAUAUAAUUGUUGCAAGUCAGAGAGAUGAUUCCGAAUUAACUCAGGUCUUCAGGUGGAAUGGAGGAAACUUCGUGUCGCAUCAGAACCUCCCUGUCCGAGGUGUGCUGAGCAUGGCUGUGUUCACCAGAGCGGGCUCUGUGUUCUUGGCCAUUUCCCAGGCAAACACCAGGCUCAACUCCUUGUUAUUCAGAUGGUCUGGCAGUGGGUUCAUUAACUUUCAAGAUGUGCCGGUCAGUGGGACAACGCAAGUUGAGGCUUUGUCUUCAGGCAAUGAUAUUUACUUAGUAUUUGCCAAAAAUAUCUUUCUAGGAGAUCAGAAUUCAAUUGAUAUUUUCACCUGGGAGACGGGACAGUCUUCUUUCCGAUAUUUUCAGUCCCUGGAUUUUGCCAGUGUUCACAGGAUCCACUCCUUCACACCAGCCUCAGGAAUAGUCCACAUACUUCUUAUUGGCCAAGAUACAUCUGCUCUUUACUGCUGGAAUUCGGAGCUGAAUCACUUCUCAUUUGUUGUGGAAGCACCUCCUGCUUAUGAAGUGGCUUCUGUCACAGUGAAGUCCCUGAAUUCAAGCAAGAGUUUAAUAGCUCUGGCGGCAGCCACUCACUCACAUCUGUAUGAGCUGGCCUCAGUCUCCAGCCAGUCUGACUUCAUUCCUAGUUCAGGUGAACUGAUAUUUGAACCUGGUGACAGAGAAGCUACAAUUGUGGUAAAUAUCCUGGAUGAUAUAGUUCCAGAAGAAGAAGAAUAUUUCAAAGUUCAGCUUAAAAAUCCCAAAGGAGGAGCAGAGAUUGGUAUUCAUGGUUCUGUAACAAUAACUAUUCUGUCUAAUGAUGAUGCCUAUGGAGUUGUUGCAUUUGCUCAGAAUUCAUUAACUAAGCAAGUGGAAGAAAUGGAGCAAGAUAGCCUAGUCACUUUGAAUGUUGAGCGCUUGAAAGGAACAUAUGGUCGUAUAACCGUAGCAUGGGAAGCUGAUGGAAGUAUUAGCGACAUAUUUCCUACCUCGGGAGUGAUUUCAUUUACCGAAGGCCAGGCACUGUCCACAAUCACUCUGACGGUUCUUGCUGAUGAUAUACCAGAGUUAGCAGAGGUUGUGAUUGUGACACUCACCCGUAUUACCACAGAAGGGGUGGAAGACCCAUCCAAGGGAGCUACUAUUGACCAGAAAAGAAACAAGUCUGUGAUCACUACUCUGCCCAAUGACUCACCCUACGGCUUGGUGGGCUGGCACGCAGGGUCUCUCUUCGUUAAAGUAGUAGAGCCUGAAGAGAACAUCACCAUUCUUCAGUUACAAAUAGUUCGAGAUAAAGGACUCCUUGGGGACAUUGCUGUUUACCUGAAAGCUAAACCCAAUUUCUUACUGCAUGCCAAUAAUCAAGCUACUGAGAGUGAAGAUUAUGUGCUGCAAGAAACAAUAAUAAUAAUGAAAGAAAAUAUAAAAGAAGCUUAUGCCAAAGUUGCCAUUUUGCCAGAUGAUGUUCCCGAGCUGGAGGAAGGAUUUGUUGUCACUGUCACCGGGGUGAACCUGCUGAACUCCGACUUCUCUGCAGGACAGCCAGGUUUACGGAGGCCUGGGAUGGAAACGGCUGAGAUAACAAUCGAAGAAAAUGAUGAUCCCAGAGGAAUCUUCAUGCUUCGUGUUAUCAGAGAUGUUGGUGGAGUUAUUAUUGCCUAUGAGAUGCCUUCACCCGCGAAUGUUCUUCAAGUCCCUGUAGUCCGGCUGGCUGGAAGCUUUGGGGCAGUGAAUGUUUAUUGGAAAGCAACACCAGACAGUGCUGGCCUGGAAGACUUUAAGCCAUCUCAUGGAAUUCUCAAAUUUGCAGAUGGACAAGUUACUGCAAUGAUAGAAAUCACCAUAAUUGAUGAUGCUGAAUUUGAACUCAUAGAGACCUUCAGUAUUUCCCUACUUAGUGUGACUGGAGGUGGCCGACUUGGUGAUGAUGUUGCAGUAACUGUUGUUAUUCCACAAAAUGAUUCUCCAUUUGGAGUAUUCGGAUUUGAAGAAAAGACUGUAAUGGUUGAUGAAUCCCUUUUGUCUGAUGACCCUGAUUCUUAUGUGACAUUGACGGUUGUCCGGUCCCCAGGAGGAAAAGGAGCUGUCCGCCUUCAGUGGGCUGUAGAUGAGAAGGCCAAGCAUGACCUCAGUCCUUUGAAUGGAACACUUCAUUUUGAUGAGACUGAGUCCCAGAAGACCAUUGUACUGCACACACUUCAAGACUCCGUGUUGGAAGAGGACAGACGUUUCACCAUUCAGCUGAUAUCAGUUGAUGAGGUAGAAAUAUCUCCAGUAAAAGGCAGUGCAUCCAUCAUCAUCCGGGGAGACAAAGGGGCAUCAGGGGAAGUCGGGAUAGCGCCGUCCUCUCGGCACGUCCUCAUCGGAGAACCCUCAGCAAAGUAUAACGGAACUGCCAUCAUCAGCCUUGUCCGUGGCCCAGGGAUUUUUGGGGAUGUCACGGUGUUCUGGAGGAUAAUCCCUCCUUCUGUGGGGGAAUUCGCAGAAACAUCAGGAAAACUGACAAUGCGAGAUGGGCAGUCGGCGGCCAUUGUAGUCAUACAGGCUUUGAAUGAUGACAUUCCCGAGGAAAAGCAUUUCUACAAGUUUCAGCUCACUGAGAUCAGUGCAGGGGGCACGCUGUCAGAACCCAGCAGCUCUGCCAACAUCACCAUGGUGGCCAGUGAUGCCCCCUAUGGCCAAUUUGCUUUUUCACAUGAGCAGCUUUACGUGUCAGAAGCAGAACAGAGGGUCAACAUCACCAUCAUCCGUAUGGGUGGAUACUUUGGCCUCGUGAGAGUCUGGUAUGAGACAACGGGCGGGACGGCAGAAGCAGGCUUGGACUUCCUUCCUGCGGCAGGGGAGCUCCUCUUCGAAGCAGGGGAGGUGGGGAAAAGUCUGCGUGUUGAAAUCAUUGACGAUGACCAUCCUGAAGGGCCUGAGGAAUUCUCUCUAGCAAUUACAAAGGUGGAACUCCAAGGAAGAGGGUAUGAUUUUACCAUCCGAGAAAAUGGACUUCAGAUAGAUCAACCUCCUGAAAUAGGAAACAUUUCCAUUGUUCAAAUCAUAAUAAUGAAAAAUGACAAUGCAGAGGGCAUCAUUGAAUUUGACCCCAAGUAUACUGCCUUCGAAGUGGAGGAAGAUGUCGGACUGGUCAUAAUUCCCGUGGUGAGGCUGAAAGGAACGUAUGGUCAGGUGACAGCUGACUUCACUGCUCACAGCUCCUCCGCCGUCCCUGGGGGUGUCGAUUACAUACUGCAUGGUGAUUCCAUCACCUUCUGGCAUGGACAGAACUUAAGUUUUAUAAAUGUCUCCAUCGUUGAUGACAGCGAAAGUGAAUUUGAGGAGCCCAUUGAGAUUCUGCUCACUGGGGCGACGGGCGGAGCGGUCCUUGGGCGCCACCUAGUGAGCAGGAUCACCAUCGCCAAGAGUGACUCUCCCUUCGGCCUUGUAAGGUUUCUCAAUCAAAGCAAAAUCUCUGUUCCUAACCCCAAUUCCACAACGAUUUUGUCCUUGGUGCUGGAGCGGACCGGAGGACUCUUGGGAGAGAUUCAGGUGAACUGGGAGAUAUUGGGACCUAAUUCUCAAGAAGCCUUACCACCGCAGAACAGAGACAUCGCAGACCCAGUGAACGGGCUCUUUCAUUUUGGAGAAGGAGAGGGUGGAGAGAGAUCCAUUGUUCUGACCAUGCAUCCUCAUGAGGACGUUGAAGUGGAAGAGACUUUCAUCAUUCGACUCCAACUUGUGAAAGGAGAAGCUAAAUUAGACUCCAGGGCUAAAGAGAUUACCUUAACAAUACAAAAGUUUGGUGAUCCAAAUGGAGUUGUCCAAUUUGCGCCUGACUCUCUCUCUAAGAAGAUUUAUUCAGAGCCUGCUGCUUUGGAAGGGCCCCUGAUCAUUACCUUCUUUGUCAAGAGAAUCAAAGGCACCUUUGGAGAGAUUACGGUUUCCUGGGAGUUAAGUAGUGAGUUUGAUUUCACUGAAGACUUUCUUUCCACAAGUGGGUUUUUUGCCAUUGCUGAUGGAGAGAGUGAAGCUAGCUUUGAUGUUCACUUGCUACCGGAUGAUGUACCUGAGAUAGAGGAAGAAUAUGAGAUCCGGCUUGUCUCUGUACAGGGAGGAGCAGAACUGGACCCCGAGAAACACGCUGCAUGGUUCUCUGUGUAUGCAAAUGAUGACCCCCAUGGAGUGUUUGCCCUGUACUCAGAUCGCCAGGCGAUACUUAUUGGACAGAACCUUCUUAGAUCCAUCCAGAUUAACAUAACCCGGCUUGCGGGGACAUUUGGAGAUGUGGCUGUGGGGUUCCGAAUCUCUUCUGAUCAUAAGGAACAGCCGAUUGUCACUGAACGUGCAGAGAGGCAGCUAGUGGUCAGAGACGGUGCUAGAUACAUAGUGGACACGGUGCCAAUAAAGAAUCAGGUCUUCCUGUCGCUGGACUCUAAUUUCACUUUGCAACUGGUGACGGUGAUGCUUGUUGGUGGGCAUUUCUACGGAAUGCCAACAAUUCUCCAGGAAGCCAAAUCCGCAGUCCUACCUGUCUCUGAGAAAGCUGCCAAUUCUCAGGUUGGAUUUGAAUCCACAGCUUUUCCACUCACGGACAUCACUGCCGGCACUAGCCAGGUUGUGAUCUCUAGAAGAGGCACUUAUGGCUCCCUCUCGGUUGCCUGGACCACCGGAUAUGCCCCUGGCUUAGACAUCCCGGAACUUAUUGUUGUUGGCAACAUGACCCCAGCACUGGGGAGCCUCUCAUUCUCCCACGGUGAACAGAGGAAAGGUGUUUCCCUGUGGAUGUUCCCCAGCCCUGGUCGACCAGAGGCCUUUGUAAUUCACCUGUCAGGAGUGCAGAGCAGUGCACCUGGAGGAGCUCGGCUCCGAUCAGGUUUCACUGUUGCUGAAAUUGAACCCAUGGGAAUCUUCCAAUUUUCCCCUCGUUCAAGAAAUAUCACAGUGUCAGAGGAUACCCGGAUGGUCAGAUUACAUGUACAGAGGCUGUUUGGAUUCCACAGCGAUCUCAUUCAAGUUUCCUACCAGACAACUGCUGGAAGUGCCAAGCCGCUGGAAGACUUUGAGCCUGUCCAGAAUGGGGAGCUGUUGUUUCGAAAAUUCCAAGCUGAGGUUGAUUUUGAAAUAAGCAUUAUUAAUGAUCAGCUUCCUGAGGUCGAUGAAAUUUUUUACAUUAACAUUACUUCAGUAGAAAUCAGGGGAUUACGGAAGUUUGAGUCUCAUUGGAGACCACGCCUGAAUCUAGAUUUCAGUGUUGCAGUAGUCACCAUCUUGGAUAAUGAUGACUUACCAGGAGUGGAUGCUUCUUUCCCCAUGACAGCUGUGGCUGUAGCAGUCGACACAACUCUCACUCCUGUAGAAACUGAUUCCACCACACACCCCAGCACAAGCAAGACAACAAGCAUUCCAGAGCCAACCGAGAUGGUCGCCAUUGUUACUGAGGUGACAGGGGUGGCUGUCAUCCCAGGGAAACUUGUCACUCUUCAUGGCACACCUGCCGUGUCUGAAAAGCCUGAUGUGGCCACUGCAACUGCCAAUGUUUCUAUGCAUGGAACAUUCAGUCUCGGGCCCCCCAUUGUUUAUGUUGAAGAGGAGAUGAAGAACGGCACACUCAAUGCCGCUGAAGUUCUUAUCCGAAGGACGGGUGGGUUUACUGGCAAUGUCAGUGUAACAGUUAAAACGUUUGGCGAAAGAUGUGCUCAGAAGGAACCAAGUGCAUUGCCCUUCCGUGAUCACUUUGGAAUUUCCAACCUCACGUGGGCAGUUGAAGAAGAAGACUUUGAAGAACAAACUGUCAUCCUUACGUUUCUAGAUGGAGAACGAGAACGGAGAGUGUCAGUUCAUAUUUUGGACGAUGAUGAGCCUGAGGGGCAGGAAUUCUUCUACGUGUUUCUCACAGACCCCCAGGGGGGAGCACGGAUUGUGAAGGGAAAGGAUGACACUGGGUUUGCAGCUUUCGCCAUGGUCAUUAUUACAGGGAGUGACCUUCACAAUGGCAUCAUAGGAUUCAGUGAGGCAUCCCAGAGUGGACUUGAACUUGGGGGCGGAGCUGGUAUAAGAAGACUGCAUCUUAAUGUCACAAGGCAGCCAAACAGGGCCUUUGAAGAUGUCAAGGUCUUCUGGAGAGUCACGUUUAACAAAACAGCUGUUGUGCUCCAGAGAGAGGGGGUCGACCUGGUAGACGAACUCCUGUCCGUGUCAGGGACCACAACCUGCACAGCGGGUCAAACAAAAUGCAUCAUCAUCAUUGACCUUAAACCAGAGAAGAUACCUCAAGUUGAAGUGCAUUUCUUUGUGGAACUCUAUGAAGUGACUGCUGGAGCAGCCAUCAACCACAGUGCCAGGUUUGCAUGGAUUACAGUCUUACCGAGUGAUGAACUUCAGAGCCUCGUGUACUUUGCUGUGGGUUCUCGGCUGGCAGUGACUCACAAGAAGGCCACCUUAAUCAGUUUGCAGGUGGCCAGAGAUUCUGGGACAGGACUAAUGAUGUCUGUUAACUUUAGCACCCAGGAACUGAGGAGUGCAGAAACCAUCGGUCGUACCCUCAUCUCUCCAGCUGUUUCUGGGAAGGAUUUUGUGAGAACUGAAGGCACAUUGGUCUUUGAACCUGGCCAGAGAAGCACUGUAUUGGAUGUCAUCCUAACGCCAGAGACGGGGUCUUUAAAUCCAUUUCCUAAACGCUUCCAGAUUGUGCUUUUUGACCCAAAAGGUGGUGCCAAAAUUGACAAAGUAUAUGGAACCGCCAACGUCACGCUUGUGUCUGACGCAGACUCGCAGGCCGUGUGGGGGCUUGCCGAUCAGCUCCACCAGCCCCUGGAUGGUGACAUUCUCAACAGAGUGCUCCACACGGUCAGCAUGAAAGUGGCCACGGAAACCACGGAGGAGCAGCUCAGUGCCGUGAUGCACUUAAUAGAGAAGAUAACUGCUGAAGGAAGAAAUCAAGCUUUCAGUGUGGAAAGCCGGACUCUUUUCUACGAGAUUCUUUGUGCUCUUGUCAACCCAAAGCGCGAGGAUACGAGGGGAUUCAGCCACUUUGCUGAAGUGACUGAGAAUUUUGCCUUUUCUCUGCUGACUAACAUCACCUGUGGUUCUCCCGGUGAAAAAAGCAAAACCAUCCUUGACAGUUGCCCCUAUCUGUCGAUCCUGGCUCUUCACUGGUAUCCUCAGCAAAUCAAUGGGCACAAAUUUGAAGGGAAGGAAGGUGACUACAUUCGAAUUCCAGAGAGGCUGUUGGAUGUCCCAGAUGAAGAAGUAGUGGCUGGGGAAAGUACAUGUAAAUCAAUCCAGUUUACGGAGUAUAGCAGCCAGCAGUGGUUUCUAACUGGAAACAAUCUCCAUGCCUUGAAAAAUAAGGUAUUAUCUUUGAGCAUGAAAAGUCAGAGUCCACAACUCCUGACAAACAACAAUGAAGUUCUCUAUAGGAUUUAUGCUGCGGAGCCGAGAAUCGUUCCUCAGACGUCUCAGUGUCUCUUUUGGAAUCAGGCUGCUGCAAGCUGGUUGUCCGACAGUCAGUUUUGCAAAGUGGUUGAGGACACUUCAGACUAUGUGGAAUGUGCCUGUUCACACAUGUCCGUGUAUGCUGUCUAUGCCCAGACUGACAACCUGUCAUCAUACAAUGAAGCCUUUUUCUCUUCUGGAUUUAUAUGUAUCUCAGGUCUUUGCUUGGCUGUUCUUUCCCAUGUCUUCUGUGCCAGGUACUCCAUGUUUGCAGCUAAACUUCUGACUCACAUGAUGGCCGCCAGUUUAGGUACCCAGAUCAUGUUUUUGGCAUCGGCGUACGCCAGUCCCCAACUCACAGAGGAGAGCUGCUCAGCGGUGGCUGCUGUCACGCAUUACCUGUACCUGUGCCAGUUUAGCUGGAUGCUCAUUCAGUCUGUGAAUUUCUGGUACGUGCUGGUGAUGAAUAAUGAACACACAGAGAGGCGUUACCUGCUGUUCUUCCUUCUGAGUUGGGGACUUCCAGCCUUUGUGGUGAUUCUCCUCAUAGUUAUUCUGAGAGGGAUCUAUCAGGAGAGCAUGCCCCAGGUCUACGGACUCCUUCAUGGCGACCUGUGUUUUAUCCCAAACGUCUAUGCAGCUUUGUUCACGGCCGCUCUCCUUCCUCUGAUGUGCCUGGUGGUGGUGUUCGUGGUAUUCAUCCAUGCCUACCAGGUGAAGCCACAGUGGAAGUCAUAUGAUGACGUCUUCAGGGGAAGGACAAAUGCCGCAGAAAUCCCACUGAUUUUGUAUCUCUUUGCCCUGAUUUCUGUGACGUGGCUUUGGGGAGGACUGCACAUGGCCUACAGACACUUCUGGAUGUUGGUCCUCUUUGUCAUUUUCAACAGUUUGCAGGGACUUUACGUCUUUGUGGUUUAUUUCAUUUUGCACAACCAGAUGUGCUGCCCCAUGAAGGCCAGCUACACGGUGGAAAUGAACGGGCACCCGGGGCCCAGCUCUGCCUUCUUCACACCGGGGAGCGGGAUGCCUGCCGCAGGCGGAGAGAUCAGCAAGUCCACCCAGAACCUCAUCAGCGCCAUGGAGGAGGUACCACCUGACUGGGAGAGAGCAUCCUUCCAACAAGCCAGUCAGGCCAGCCCAGAUUUAAAGCCGAGUCCACAAAACGGCGCCACGUUUCCCUCUGGAGGAUAUGGCCAGGGGUCGCUGAUAGCCGAUGAGGAGUCCCAGGAGUUUGAUGACCUGAUAUUUGCAUUAAAAACGGGUGCUGGUCUCAGUGUCAGUGACAACGAGUCUGGUCAGGGCAGCCAGGAGGGAGGCACAUUGACUGACUCCCAGAUCGUGGAGCUCAGGAGGAUACCCAUCGCGGACACCCACCUCUAGGGCCUCGCCAGCCGCCGGACGGAGGAUGCGUUCCUGGCUGCAUUGGCCCCAGUGCUGAAGCUCUCCAAGAGCAGAUAACCAUGGGUGGGAAUCUGCCGGAUGGAUGAUUAGCACGGAAGUGAUUGUUGUGUUUGGAGUAUAAACUACUGAUUGCGUGCAGCCUGAGAAUUCCUGCUGUGACGAAAGACCGGGUCGGUUCCUAUCCGUUCAUGGGAUGUACAUAUUCCAAGGAUAUUCGUUGUUUUUUAAUCAUCCUCCAUGGCUAACAUUGUUUAAAGUUUAAAGAAAGUAAUAAUCAAUAAAAGCAGUAGAAUCCA